CCGGCGGCAGCGGCGGCGGGAGUAGGAGGAGGGAGGCUGAGGGGAAGCUAGCGGCGCGCGUGGCGGCGACAGCGGUGCGGGCCACCGGAGCCGAGGCGGAGUGCGGAGCGGGGUAGGGACGGAGGGGGAAGGAGGCGGAGGGGAGUGAGAACCGCAUUUCCAGUUCCCAACUCCGAGCCCCGAGUUUGUAGAUGGGGCUGCUUCGCGGCGCCUGCGGCUGACGGAGAACAGCAGCAGCGGGCGGAGGGGAGCGGAGCGGAGCGGCGGCGGCGGCGGCGCGGAGGCGGCCGAGGUGCGAGCCGCAGCAAUGCAGCAAGUGUUGGAUAACCUUACGGAGCUGCCCUCAUCUACAGGAGCAGAAGAAAUAGACCUAAUUUUCCUCAAGGGGAUUAUGGAGAAUCCCAUUGUAAAAUCACUUGCUAAGGCUCAUGAGAGGCUAGAAGAUUCAAAACUGGAAGCUGUUAGUGACAAUAACUUGGAAUUAGUCAAUGAGAUUCUUGAAGAUAUCACUCCUCUAGUCAAUGUGGAUGAAAACGUGGCAGAACUGGUUGGUAUACUCAAAGAGCCUCACUUCCAGUCACUCUUGGAGGCCCAUGACAUUGUAGCAUCAAAGUGUUAUGAUUCACCUCCGUCAAGUCCAGAAAUGAAUAAUUCUGUCAAUAAUCAGUUAUUACCAGUAGAUGCCAUUCGUAUUCUUGGUAUUCACAAAAGAGCUGGGGAACCAUUGGGUGUAACAUUUAGGGUUGAAAAUAAUGACCUGGUAAUUGCCCGAAUCCUUCAUGGAGGCAUGAUAGAUCGACAAGGUCUGCUUCAUGUGGGAGAUAUCAUUAAGGAAGUCAAUGGCCAUGAGGUUGGAAACAAUCCAAAGGAGUUACAAGAAUUACUGAAGAAUAUUAGUGGAAGUGUCACCCUGAAAAUUUUACCAAGCUAUAGAGAUACCAUCACUCCUCAACAGAGUUGCAUCAAAACGGAGAGGCAUCCAGCACACACCCAUCAGGUAUUUGUGAAGUGUCAUUUUGAUUAUAAUCCAUACAAUGAUAACCUAAUACCCUGCAAAGAAGCAGGAUUGAAGUUUUCAAAAGGAGAAAUUCUUCAGAUUGUAAACAGAGAAGACCCAAACUGGUGGCAGGCUAGCCAUGUAAAAGAGGGAAGAAGCGCUGGUCUCAUUCCAAGCCAGUUCCUGGAAGAGAAGAGAAAGGCAUUUGUUAGAAGAGACUGGGACAGUUCAGGACCUUUUUGUGGAACCAUAAGUAGCAAAAAAAAGAAAAAGAUGAUGUACCUUACAACCAGAAAUGCAGAAUUUGAUCGUCAUGAGAUCCAGAUCUAUGAGGAGGUAGCCAAAAUGCCUCCCUUCCAGAGAAAGACGUUAGUACUAAUAGGAGCUCAAGGUGUGGGACGAAGAAGCUUGAAAAACAGGUUCAUAGUGUUGAAUCCCACUAGAUUUGGAACUACAGUGCCAUUUACUUCACGGAAACCAAGGGAAGAUGAAAAAGAUGGCCAGGCUUAUAAAUUUGUGUCACGUUCUGAGAUGGAAGCAGAUAUUAAAGCUGGAAAAUAUUUGGAACAUGGGGAAUAUGAAGGAAAUCUCUAUGGAACCAAGAUUGACUCUAUUCUUGAGGUGGUUCAAACUGGAAGAACUUGCAUUUUGGAUGUCAACCCACAGGCCCUGAAAGUACUAAGGACAUCGGAGUUCAUGCCCUACGUGGUGUUCAUUGCUGCUCCAGAGCUAGAGACGCUACGCGCCAUGCACAAGGCCGUAGUGGAUGCUGGCAUCACUACCAAGCUUCUGACGGACUCUGACUUGAAGAAAACAGUGGAUGAAAGUGCACGAAUUCAAAGAGCGUACAACCACUAUUUUGAUUUGAUCAUCAUAAACGACAAUCUAGACAAAGCCUUUGAAAAGCUACAAACUGCCAUAGAGAAACUGAGAAUGGAGCCCCAGUGGGUCCCCAUCAGCUGGGUCUACUGAUGACUCGAUAAGCUUCACAAUUAAAAUCCAACUUUUAGAAAGUGAUCACCACAAUUAAACCUUCAAUGGAGAAUAUAUGUGCGCAGAUAGAAGACGCCUGCCACGUCUAGGCAUUUUUGCUGUGUGGGUUGAAAUACCAGUACACCGUUCUGAAUUUUUAUAGAAAAUGGGAUUGGGAAGGUGUACUAAUAUAUAAUUUAUCUUAAUUUUUCUAACUUUUUAUGGACAAUCUAUUCAUACCACAUAAAGAAAUGCGUUGAAGCAUUUUGUAUGUUUUGUUUUAGUACCCUUGCCUUUUUCAUCAGGAAUUUUCAACUCAUUCAUUGGAACAUUAGUCUCACAUUUUCACUGUGAUGAUAAAUACUUGAAAUAGUUUUGUAAAGUUGUCAUUUGGUCCAAUAUUUAACGAAUGAAAGGAGAAAAUAGUCAUUGGCCUUCUUUCCUAAUACCGUUUCUUACAGAAGCAGAACUUCGGUGUCAGUGCUGCGGCGAGUCCGUGACCAUCCGAGUCUGACAUCGGAAGUCUGCUCGAUGCUACACGGUUUUGUUACUUCAGAGAUGUCUGGCUCUCUGUCCUGAUUUAUACAGACGUGUUGGCGUUUUCCCCCUUCAUUUCUAACUUUAGCGAAAAAAGGAAGAGCAGUACCUUGCACUCUCAUCUGUUGCAAAGACAGGCGGAUACUGAGUUAACGUGCACGCAGCAAGCACGUCACGGCGGGGCAGGCUCGGCGAGUGCCUUCUGCAGAACCUUACAGUGGCGUGGCACGGUGCACUUCUUUCCACAGGCAAACACUUAACUGAGAAAAAUGAACCCACUUCUUUAGGCAGUUUUUUAGUAGGAUAUGGUCAGCAACAGUAUUAUGCUUCUGCAUAUUUCUGUGAUGCUUAAAAAUGCCUCUGAGUUUGCAGUCUGAAGGGGUCGGUGAACAGUCAGUGUGCUUUUUGAAGGGCAACGUGAUCAGUAAGGUAUUUGUUAGAUUCAUUGUGCUGAGAACCCAGUCCACUGGAUGAUUUUUAAAAUUUGGAAGUAACUGUCAGCUGUUUUAUCUAUAUAUAACAUAUACAUUAUAUAAUAUGUACAUUUGUAUAUAUUAUAUAAUAUAUAUUAAAUCAUAUUUUUUGGUACAUUUCUAUAAGGAAAUGCACUUUUUUGUUAAAUGAUUAGGGAAACAGUUCUCUAGAUGUGUUAAUAUGUACACAUUUCCAAAAUUCACCUUAGCUCAUACCUUCCUUUAGGAUUCUCGGAUGGUAUAAUUUCUUGCUAAAAUGUACUCAGAUGCAGCUCAUCUUUAAACUAAGUCAGCCACAUUUUAUAUUGCUGCUAGAGCUUUUCACAGAAACAGUACUCACAUGUAGAGGGCUUGGUGCUUAAACGUUGGUGGUUGUCUUUGUCAGGUGGCAGGCACCUGGCUGCUGAAUUUGUUUCCCCUCACCAGAGCUGUCGCAGGGAAUGCCAGCGAGGUGCUGGAGUGGGGAAGAAAUGGCUGGCAGUGAGGAGCAAGCACCCUUUGUUUAAAUCAUUUCACAAGGAAACAAAACUCUCAAGCUGCUGUAUUGUUAAGAUUGAAAGUCCAUAGGUAUUUUUUCAUUCCAGAUUUCAUAUCCAGAACACAAAUUCAUGUUCUUUGUCCUAGGAUAGGAAAUUGGUGGCAAAAUGGAUCACACUAUUUUAAUAACUUUGGUACCUUUUAAACCUCAUGUAUUUACAUCACAGUAUUGGCUUCUCAGAGCAACAUGAGUCAAAGCACAGUACUGAGGCGAUGUCCUGUGACUUAGUGUUUCAACACACUGUAAAUGUUCAGAGAAAUUUCAUUUCCACAUUCUCUGGUGUGCCUUCAUCUUUCAACAACUUUGGGAUUCUUGGAGACAAACACUUUGGAUUUGUGGACAAAUAGUUUAUCCACAAAUUAUUUCAACUGUCUUGGCAAAUAGAGAUAAUUUUUACAUCAAAUGUAUUUUUAGCUGUAUCAUGUGGUAUAAAAUGCAUAUUAUUUAGAAAACAGUCAUAUAUAAAGGAGUUAUUUCUAUUAUAAAUGGUACUCAUCAUUAACUAUUUAGUUAAUACAUACUAGAUCCCUCCUAAUAUGAAAUAAAAUGAUGUCGUUAAGUUCAUUUCAGACUAGGUGCCAGAACUGAAGAAAAUACAAUUAGAAAGUAACUUCAUUGUAUCUCAAUAAGUAGUCAUUGAACCUGAAACUCGAGUCCCAUCUGAGUCUCCAGGAACAAGCAGAGCUCUGCUGGUCAGGGAGUCCCAGCGGCCCCAGGGUUCUCCCACAGCAGUGAGAGCACUGCUGUGAUCCAGGACUUUUGUCGUGGGAGAGGGCUAAGGUAAUUAGCUGUACCGACGAGAGCAUGGUUUAAAGUAAUGUUUAAUAAUUGGUAAUAGUUACAGUACACACACAUGUGCUCUUGCUUUGGGGAAACAUGAUGUGCCAUUCCUUUUGGGCAGGUGAGUAUCUGCAUUCGGAUUCAGGGCAUGACUAUUUAUGUACAACUAAAAAUAUAUAUAUAUUUUUUUUUCCAAAUGUACAGAUACCCAGAGGUGAUAUCUCUGGGUAAGUAAUUUAACCUUAACUAGUGGAAUACUAGGUCUGUCCAGAAAAAGUCCAGCCAUUGUUAACCUAAUGAGAGCAGUUUGUGCAACAUCAAUGUGACCUGGCAGCUAAGGAGAGUGGACUGGAAUGUGCAUGAGGAGCAAUGUCAGCUUCACUGUAACAGUCAGUGGGGGCGGUAGACACUGUUGAGUGAGCAUGUGUACUGUGUGGCCACCACAUUCAAAAUGAGCAAGUACAAUGAUGAACCUGCAUCAAAUUUUGCAUUAAACUUGAACAUUCCUCCACAGAAACUAUUCGAAUGAUUCAGAAGCCCACAGCUAUGGGCAGCUGUGAUUGGCAGCUUCAUCACAACAACACAGCCACUCACACAUCACAUUUCAUGAAGAGGUUUUUGGUGAAACAUCAGAUCACCCAAGUGACUCAGACCCCUAUAGCCCAGAUGUGGCACCCUGCAACUACUGGCUUUUCCCAAAACUAAAAUCACCUUUGAAAGGGAAGAGAUUUCAGACCAUCGAUGAGAGUCAGGAAAAUAUGACAGGGCAGCUGAUGGCGAUUGGGAGAACUGUGUGAGGUCCCAAG